UUUUAAUAUUUAAAGACCAAUUCAGUAUUUUAUUAAUACAACUAAAUAAAUACAACUCAAAUUCCAGCUCAUAAAUCCUACAUUUUAUAGUUUUGGUUUUUGAUUUUAACCCCGAAGUUCAUCAUCUUUAAGAACGAUCAAGAAACUAAACCAUUUUUUUUUUAACAUUUGUGUUUAGAUUUUAUGAUUAAAAUUUUAGCUUAGAGAAGUUAGGGUUUACAUUUGUGAGAAUACUUUUUUUUUUUUUUUUUUAAUUUUGGUUUUUUUUUUGUCGGAUUUUAAUUUUGGUUUAUAAUUUUAAAACUGUAGUCUAUAGGUUUUAAACUAUUUUGUUAAUACAUAAAUUAAAGAUAUCUAUAUUAAAGUUUCUUAACUCCUCUAAACUCAAUCCAAUACAAUAAAUUAAAAUAAUCUAUUUUUUAAUACAUAAAUAUUUAGUUUCAUAAUUCCUCCAAACUCAAUCCAAUACAAUAAAUAUAAAGAAAUCUAUAUUAUAUUUUUGUAACUCAUCCAAACUCAAUCCAAUACACAAAAGUCGUCUAAUAAAUUUUUCGAGGACACGAGGACUAAUAAUAAGUAAGUAAUUAAACUGACCAAAAUAAAUUAUGAAUAUUUAAAGACCAAUACAACAAAUUCACCAUUUACUUAUAUGACUCCAGCCAAAGAGAUGUUCAUCACAAAAAUUCAAAACUCAGCUUCUCUUCGAUUCAUCUUCUUAAAACCCUACAAAAAUCCCAACACAGAUUCAUGGGUUGCUGCGGAAGUAAACCCCUAACAGCUUCUGAUAUCGAUGGAAAGCAAGAGACGAUUCUUGGGAAGCCAUUGGAAGACAUCAAGAAGCUUUAUAGCUUCGAAGGCGAACUAGGCAAAGGUAACUUCGGGACAACAUACUUGUGCAAAGAGAAUUCAACAGGAAAGAGUUACGCUUGCAAAUCCAUACUUAAGAGAACUCUAAGCAGUGAAGAAGAGAAAGAAGCUGUCAAGACAGAGAUUCAAAUCAUGGAUCAUGUUUCAGGAGAACCUAACAUCGUACAGAUCAAAGGUUCUUACGAGGAUAAGAAUUCUAUACACAUUGUAAUGGAGUUUUGUGGUGGUGGUGAGUUAUUCGACAAGAUCGAUGCUUUGGUCAAGUCUCAUAGCUAUUACUCUGAGAAAGAUGCUGCUGGAAUCUUUAGGUCGAUUGUGAAUGCUGUGAAGAUCUGUCAUUCUUUGGAUGUUGUUCAUCGUGAUCUCAAGCCUGAGAACUUCUUGUUCUCUAGUAAAGAUGAGAAUGCUAUGCUUAAAGCUAUCGAUUUCGGGUGUUCUGUUUACAUCAAAGAAGGGCAAACUUUAGAGAGAAUUGUUGGCAGUAAAUACUACAUUGCUCCUGAAGUAUUAGAGGAAAGCUAUGGGAAGGAAAUCGACAUUUGGAGUGCUGGUGUUAUAUUAUACAUCUUACUCAGCGGCGUACCGCCAUUUCAGACUGGUAUCUGUAAUUGCGUCUACUCUUGUAUUGUAGAUGCUGAGAUUAAGGAAGGCAGGCUUGAUUUUGAGAGCCAACCAUGGCCUUUGAUAACUUUUAAAGCGAAGCACCUUAUCGGGAAGAUGCUCACCAAAAACCCCAAGGAACGAAUCUCUGCUGCAGAUGUUCUUGAACAUCCUUGGAUGAAGAGUGAAGCUCCAGAUCAGCCUAUUGAUAAUGUUGUCUUAUCACGUAUGAAGCAAUUCCGAGCAAUGAACAAGCUUAAGAAGCUAGCUCUUAAGGUUAUCGCGGAGGGUCUAUCGGAAGAGGAAAUCAAAGGUCUUAAAACCAUGUUUGAGAAUAUGGAUACCGACAAAAACGGGUCAAUCACUUAUGAAGAACUCAAAACCGGGCUGAAUAGACAUGGAUCUAAACUCUCUGAAACUGAAGUUAGGCAACUCAUGGAAGCCGCUGAUGUUGAUGGGAAUGGAACAAUAGACUACAUCGAGUUUAUCUCAGCAACGAUGCAAAGACACCGAUUGGAACGAGAUGAACAUUUGCACAAAGCAUUCCAACACUUUGAUAAGGACAACAGCGGGUACAUAACUAAGGAUGAAUUGGAGAUAGCCAUGAAAGAGCAUGGUAUGGGAGAUGAAGCUAAUGCCAAAGAAAUAAUAUCAGAAGUCGAUAAAAAUAAUGAUGGAAAAAUAGACUAUGAAGAAUUUUGUACGAUGAUGAGAAAUGGCAACUUGCAGCCACAAGGGAAACUUCUUGGUGUCCAUUGAUCAUAAAGCUCUGUUUUUGUUUCAACCAAAAGCGGUUUUCUUAAACCCGAAAAAAUCAUAGCUAAACCGGCGAAAACAGAGAUGAGAGUAGUUUAUCUCUCUGAAAGUAUGUUUGUAUGUCUUCUUGUAAGUUGUAACCAAUCCCAUUUUCUUGUAAUUUUCUUGAAAAAGCUCAUUAAUCCUUUUUCUUGUAA